AUAACAGUUUUGUCGGAUUUGACAUCACCGGGUUUGUUUUGAUUUUCACGAGGCGUCGCAAAUGCUGGAAAACCAGCAUUUUCCAGCAAUUUUGCAGCAGGAAAUAAGUGAAAAGUGUGUGUGAAUCAUGAAGACUGUGUUGAUGGUUGCUGAGAAGCCAUCUCUGGCUGCUUCACUAGCUAAUAUUCUCUGCACGGGGAAGCUAAAUACACGCAAAGGUUUAAACAAUGCCUGCUCGAUCCAUGAGUGGCGGGGUACCUUUCGCGGUGAGUCAGUUGUAUUUAAGAUGACUUCUGUGUGUGGGCAUGUGAUGUCACUGGAUUUCAUUGGUAAGUACAAUUCCUGGGAUAAAGUGGAUCCCAUUGAGCUCUUUACGUGUCCAACGGAGAAGAAAGAAGCCACUCCGAAGCUCAAGAUGCCGUACUUCCUGAGCCAGGAGGCCAGAGGAUGCGAUUACUUGGUACUGUGGCUGGAUUGUGACAAAGAGGGUGAGAAUAUCUGCUUUGAAGUGAUGAAUGCCGUGUCCAAGAACAUCAGGAAUGUCUUUUCAAACACCGUGACAUUCAGGGCGAGAUUUUCUGCCAUAACCGAAAAAGACAUUCGGAUGGCCAUGAAUAAUCUCUCGCAUCCGAAUGAGAAUGAAGCUAGAAGUGUUGAUGCUAGGCAGGAAUUGGAUUUGAGGAUUGGAUGUGCUUUUACGCGGUUCCAGACCAAAUUCUUCCAGGGCCGGUACAGUGACCUGGAUUCCUCGUUAAUCUCCUAUGGUCCAUGUCAGACGCCAACAUUGGGAUUUUGUGUCCAACGUCACGAUGCUAUUCAGAUGUUCAAACCGGAGACUUUCUACUACUUGCAGGCGAGUGUGGGCAAUCCGGAGGUGACACUGGAAUGGUCUAGGGUGAGAGUGUUUGAAAAGGAUAUCGCUCAGUUGUUCCACAGUCGAAUUAGGGAUGCACGGGAGGCAAUUGUGGACAGUGUCAAGACGAAGGAUAGCGCCAAGACACGUCCUCAGGCCCUCAAUACGGUGGAAUUGAUGAAAGCUGCAAGUUCGGGAUUGGGCCUUGGCCCCCAUACAGCCAUGCAAAUCGCCGAGAAGCUCUAUACUCAGGGAUUUAUUAGCUAUCCUCGCACAGAAACCACUCAAUACUCUCCCAAUUUCGAUCUGCACGGGACAGUGAGGCUCUUCCAGAAUUCCUCGGAAUUCGGCGAAGAGGCCCGAGCUAUCCUUGGAGAUUUCAAUCAACCCAGGAAGGGAGUUGAUUGCGGAGAUCAUCCCCCAAUCACUCCCAUGAAGUGUGCAAAUCGCGGGGAUUUUGAUUCAGACACCUGGCGCCUCUAUGACUACAUCUGUCGGCAUUUCCUGGCCACGGUGUCCAGAGAUCUCAAGUACAAGACCACCCAUUCUAAUCUCCGGAUCGGAGAGGAACUUUUCUCAGUCACAACCAACGUUCUUGUUGAUCCGGGAUUCACAAAAGUUAUGACCUGGCAGGCUUUUGGGAAGAAUGAAAAAUCUCCCUUUGUGGAGGGCGAAGUGGUUAAGGUGAAUAGUGUCCGGAUUGCUGAGAGUCAAACAGGUCCUCCGGACUAUCUCACGGAAUCCGAAUUGAUUGGCUUGAUGGAACAACAUGGAAUUGGUACGGAUGCCAGUAUCCCAGUGCAUAUCAAUAAUAUCAGUCAGAGGAAUUAUGUGACUGUAGGUUCAGGGAGGCGUCUAAUCCCAACAACACUGGGCAUCGUUCUGGUCCAUGGAUAUCAGAAAAUUGAUCCGGAACUCGUCCUGCCCACCAUGCGAUCAGCCGUAGAGAAAAUGCUGAAUCUCAUAGCUCAGGGAUCGGCAAAUUAUCAAAUGGUGCUCAAUCAUGCCCUGGAGAUCUUCAAGAUGAAAUUUGUGUUCUUCGUGAAGAACAUCGCUAACAUGGAUACUCUGUUUGAGGUCAGUUUCUCCUCGCUGGCGGACUCGGGGAAGUCUUUCUCGCGCUGUGGGAAGUGCAGAAGGUACAUGAAGUACAUCCAGAUGAAACCAGCAAGAUUGCACUGUUCAAAUUGCGAUGAUACUUAUGCUCUGCCCAAUGGGGGCACCUUGAGGGUCUACAGAGAACUCAAGUGCCCCUUGGAUGACUUUGAACUUGUGGCAUUCUCCAGUGGAGUCAAGGGGAGAUCGUAUCCCCUCUGUCCCUACUGCUACAACAAUAGUCCUUUUCCCGAUAUGCCACGCAACAGUGGAUGCAAUCAGUGUACUAAUCCCACCUGCCCGCACUCCCUGACUUCUCUGGGCGUCUGCAGUUGUCACGAAUGUAGCCGAGGGGUUCUCGUACUCGAUUGUACUUCUGCACCAAAGUCCUGGAAGCUGGGCUGCAACAGUUGCGAUGUCAUCAUCAAUAUCUUCAAGGACGCCAGCAAGGUCAGCGUUGAGGAAGAAUUGUGCGAAGACUGCGGUGCCCAGAUGCUCAGCGUGGUGUAUAAGCAGGAGAGAACAAAGUUUAGGGAUGGAUCUGAGGAGAAAACUGGCUGUAUCUUCUGCUCUGAGGACUUUCAGCGCCUCGUGGAGAAGCACCGUGCAGUUCAUGCAAGAACCUCAGCUCCCAGUCGUCGAGGUCGCGGUGGUGGACGGGGAGGGGGGCGGGGAGGUGGUGGAGCCAGAGGAAAACCUCCAAAGGACAAAAUGGCUCAACUGGCAGCGUACUUUGUGUGAGAUUUUGCAUCAGAGAUAUUUGCAUUUAUUUGCCACAUCUUUAUUCAAAGUUUGGGUGUGUGUAAACAUUUUCUUCUCAUCUAGUUUAAAUACAAUUUCUAACAACAGUGUAA